GAAGAGUCAGCACAUAUGAGCUGUACAGUACACUGCGUUACAUUGGGAAACCUCAGAAAUUUCCAUCUCAGAGGGGUGGGAACCUUGAAAAGAGAGUGCAGGUUCCCCCUGACUACAUGCUGCUUAAGUCCACACUCUCACCACAUCUGCCUGUCCUCGCUGUCACACGGCCACGCUCUCCUAUACACCAUUUGUAUGUCCCUACAGACUGCAAUUAUGGUCCGGUUGGCACUGAUAUUUGCAGUAGUCAUCACUGAAUACGUUUAUGGAAGACCUCCAUUACCUCCUCUGCCUACGAAAGACAACUGUUACCUGGUGACUCCAGAGGUGCAGAUAUUCAGAGUGGAGGGCGAAGCUGUAAUCCUCUCCUUCUCAUUGUUCGAGAGAGAGCUCAAAGUUCGCAACCUUGCCCCACCAACAGCAAGGUACCUCAUCACCAAAGACAAUGGGACAGAGCAUGUGGCCUAUGAGGGUGAUGGGCGUGUCCAGCAGCGAAACAAACAACUGUGGUUCCUUCCAGCUCAGGCUUCAGACUCAGGGGACUAUAUCUGCACUUACAGAAAUGGAACCCACUGUGUAACUGGAAGCAUCACUCUGUAUGUGUACAAGUCUACAUCUUUGGACAUGGAGAAACUGUCCUAUAACAUCCCACUUGUAGUGGGAGAGACGCUGAAUUUCAAAUGUCCAUCUCUAGAUAACUUCAACAAGACAGACAGACUGAUAGAGUGGCACAAGGAAUCCAGCUCCACAGACAGCAUUGCCCCCUUUGGCCAGGACAGUGGCAAACUAAUGAUCCCUGCUGUGAGGCGAUCCCAUGCAGGUGUCUACAUCUGCCAGCUCACAGUGCUCAUCAAUCACCAGGAGUACAAAGUCAGCAGAAUCCUCUGGCUCCAUGUGCAAGGUACAGAUCCAGCAAUCACUACCACUGUCCCUGAUCUCUCUAUGACAUCUGACCCAGAGCUAGACAACAGCAGUAGCGACAGCACUGCUCACACUCCAAUAAUUCCACCACCUGUGAUUGUUUUGCCACUGAAUGGAACCAUUUUUGAAAGUCCACAUGGUUCGGGACUGGAUUUGUUUUGCAAGGUGCUCACUGAAUGUAAAAUGGCAGAUUCUACUGUGGUCAUGUGGCUGGUCAAUGGCCAAUCAGUGGAGUCAUCAUACCUCAAUGGGUGGGCUCUACAGGGAGGGAGGAGGGUAUCGAAGGUGUCUGGAGGCUGCCAGAUUGAACUGAGGCUAGUUGUUGUAGAGAUGACAGAAGAAAAUGUGAAGACAGAGCUGAAGUGUAUCACUCAGAACCAAGGAGGAAGACAGGAAGUUGUGGCACAGUUUCAACUAGAGGACUCCAAAUUUACAUGGCUGGUGGUAGCUGCAGUGGCCAUAUCUUGCUUCCUGACAGUGGUUUCCAUCUUCCUCUACAUUCUCUUCAAACCUAAAAGGAAAAAGAAAAUGGAUUACAUUCUGGCUCGACAGAACAGCACCUUCUAGCUUUCCUUAAUGUGUGUUUGCUGUAACAUCAAAUCAGUCUUUAAUGUACUGCAAGCAUGUGAUGUUGUGCAGUGGCACCACCACAUUGUGUUCUUGAUCAACUUUCCUUUUACAUGGUUUCAAUGCUUUUAAAUUAGUAGCUGUAUUCAACUACAGUGUCAUGCUGUUACCCACUGUCCUCCAUUUCUUCAUCCUCAAAUGAGAACUACACAAGGAUUUUUCUGUCACUUUUGAGUGAUAUAUUAUGUGCGCACAUGGAAGUUACAUGCAUUUAUCUAAUUUAAGCAGUUUUCUUUGAUGCAUUUAUUUCAUUUUGGUGUGACAGAAAUAUCCUGCUGAAAUAACCAAGUCAAAUUCAGUGAAGGCUCAUAUCGAGGCAACACGUGCAUACGCAUGUACAUACAUAAAAACAUACAAUCAGUGCCAACUUUACCAGGCACACCUGUAAAAUUUAAUGCCAAUUUAAUUAAUUCUACUUUGUAUAAAUAUAAUAAUGUUUACUUCAUUAACUCUGUCACAGAGGUAUUAUUUUACCAUGUACUUAUCACUUAGGUUAUAGUUUGCAGUGCCAAAACAUAAAAAAUCCCCCUUACUGUAGUGCAAUCUAGUUCAACACCACUGCAAACGGCAUACAUGUAUGUAUUUUUAAGAAUGUAAUAAAUGUUCUCAGGGAAGCAUCUUGUAAAGUAGAAGCAUGUUCAGUCCAUUUGCAAAACAGAAUGUGUGCACAUUUCCAUGGCAAAUCUGACUUUAUUAAAAGAAAGUGGUUUGAUGUGUAUGUUUAA